AUGUCAGCCAGGAAGGGCUCUCUGCUCUCUUCGCCAAAUUAUUCCAAGGAAAUGGCAUGUUCGGAGACCCCAGCUGCAAAUGCCUUUUUGGUGGACUCUUUGAUCAGCUCAGCCUCAGGCAGAGGGGAAGGAGGGGGAGGCGGCGGCGGCGGAGUUGCAGUAGUAGGAGGAGGAGGAAGAGGCGGCGGCAGCAGCUACUACCCGAACAACGGUGGUGUCUACCUGCCACAGGCGUCCGAUUUGCCGUACGGGUUGCAAAGCUACGGGCUAUUCCCGGUCCUGAGCAAAUGCAGCGAGGAUCUGCCCCCGCCGCCGCCGCCACCAAGCAUGGUUCCCACUCCGCACACUUACAUGUCAGGGAUGGAGGUCUGGCUAGAUCCCCCGAGAUCCUGCAGCCUUGAAGAGCCCACAAGCCCACAGGCGACCUCCUGCUCCUUCGCUCCCAGCAUUAAAGAGGAGAGCUCCUACUGCCUCUACGACUCGGACAAGGCCCGCAAAGAGGCACCGGCCACCGACCUGUCGCCUUUCCCGAGGUUAAGCGCAGAGAUCUGCGCCGUGAAUAACGUGGCGGCGGGGGUGCCUGUCCCGGGCUACUUCCGCUUGUCUCAAGCCUAUGGCACCAUCAAGAGCGGCAGCUGCUAUAGCAGCUCCCACCAACACCAACACCACCAACAGCAAGAGCCGCCGCCGCCGCCGCCGCCGCCGGUGCUGCACCCAGGGCAAAUGGUGGCUGCUUCCCAGUUUGCCCCGCAGCCCCAAGUGAGCUUCGAGUCUUCUCCGCCGUUCCCUCUGGCCGCCUCGUUGCCCGAGCAAGGCAAGAAAGACAGCGAGGAUUCUUCCCCACCCAGCACUUUGGCCGGGGAUUCGCAGAGAGGAGAGGAAGAAGGGCAGGCGGCUUCUUCUGCCGCAGAAGAGCUGUCGCCGGCCCCCUCGGAGAGCAGUAAGCCUCUCUCCGAGAAAGAAACCCUAGGCGGCCAGAAGGGAGAGAAUGCAGCCACCUGGCUUACUGCGAAAAGUGGUAGAAAGAAGCGGUGCCCUUACACCAAGCACCAAACCCUGGAGCUGGAGAAAGAGUUUUUGUUCAAUAUGUACCUGACUCGUGAGCGUCGCCUAGAAAUCAGCCGUAGCGUCCACCUCACCGAUAGACAAGUUAAAAUCUGGUUUCAGAACCGCAGAAUGAAGCUGAAGAAAAUGAACAGAGAGAAUCGGAUUCGGGAGCUCACAGCCAACUUCAGUUUCUCCUGAUGGACCUAUGGACACCUUUGAACCCUCUAAGCAGCCCAUACAAUCCUGCACCCCACCCCACCCUAGCUCACCCCACCCCAUUUGGUCAGGCUUUAACUAUUGGCACCUGUGUGGAUUUGAACCUUUCAGUCUCACUCUCAGCCUCUCCAUAGCAUUUUUGUGAUUGAUUUCGUUGGGAUAAAGCCAUAGCAAGGCAAGCCCAACAUUCCUUCUGAACUUCCCUUCUUCUGUUCUCACUUCUGGAGACCCUGACCCUUGAGAAAUAGGAUGUCCCAAACACUACGUGCCUAUUCUCUUUUCCUAACCUAUCCCUUUAAAAAACAAAAAAACAAAAAGCAAUCAGAAAAGAAACCUAGCCAAAGGAAAGGUGCAUUCCGAACCUCUCCGCUAAGCUAUGCCACAUGUUGCAAACUGGGGUUGAGUGUAGUUUUCAAUCAUUUAAACAUUUGACCACACCACCCCAAACAUGGAUUAGGUUUGAUAUUAUUAUUAUCAUUAUUUUUAUUAUUAUUAUUAUUAUUACUAUUUUCUUGUUUAGCCAAUGUUAAGCAACUAUUGUGGAAAGAAACAAAAAGUCAUAUUGUUUAAGAAGCCAAAACUAUUCAUUUGUUUACUGGUUUUUCCCCCCCAUAUGUUUAAUAUUUCAUCUUUAAAAGUUUUCUUGGAAAAGAGGGAGAGAGAAAGAGGGGGGGGGAGAGAGAAACUGCUCCUGUCCUUUCUUGAAAGAUAAGAACAGUUUUAUGUUCCUUAAUGGUUAAAUUAUUACAUUUCCUAGUUGUUGGUAAUUUUUGUUUUAGCUAAAUGGUUCUUAACCAUUUGUUCCUUAUGUUUGACAAGCACAGACAAAGAAAUAUGCGAAAGAACAUUUAUUGAAUGGAGAAGGGGUGGAAGACUCCGAUUUUGCCUAUUCUGUACCUAGAAAUGUAUGCGUGUAUGUGUAUGUGUAUGUGUAUGUGUAUGUAUGUAUGUAUGUGCACACAUACACACACAUACACACACUCUGAAGUAUUUCCUGGCUGUAUGAGAUAGCAAAGAAGAAAACCCAUUUCCUUGAUACUGUGAAGUUACAUGCAUUGAAAAAAAUCAAGCAUGUAGUACAAAG